ACGCAACUCUCUCAGGCACCUUUAAAGCUCUGUUUCUAGUAAAACCUCUCAUCUGUUUUCCGUUUCUACUAACAGCAAUGGCAUCCGACAAGAAGAUUAAGAUCGGUAUCAACGGAUUUGGAAGGAUCGGUCGUUUGGUUGCAAGAAUUGCUCUUCGAAGAGAUGACGUGGAACUUGUCGCUGUUAAUGAUCCUUUUAUCACUACUGACUACAUGACAUACAUGUUCAAGUAUGAUACGGUUCAUGGUCACUGGAAGCACAGUGAACUCAAGGUGAAGGACGAGAAGACCCUUCUCUUUGGUGAGAAGGCAGUCACUGUUUUUGGCGUCAGAAACCCAGAGGAGAUCCCAUGGGCUCAAGCUGGUGCUGAGUUUGUUGUUGAGUCCACUGGAGCUUUCACUGACAAGGGCAAGGCUGCUGCUCACUUGAAGGGAGGUGCCAAGAAGGUUGUUAUCACCGCCGUCAGCAAGGAUGCGCCCAUGUUUGUUGUGGGUGUCAAUGAGAAGCAGUACACACCGGAUCUUGAUAUUGUUUCCAAUGCUAGCUGCACUACCAACUGCCUUGCCACCUUGGCCAAGGUUAUCCAUGAGAGGUUUGGAAUUGUUGAGGGUCUCAUGUCGACAGUUCACGCGAUUACUGCCACUCAGAAAACUGUUGAUGGUCCAUCAAAGAAGGAUUGGAGAGGUGGAAGGGCUGCUUCCUUUAAUAUCAUUCCCAGCAGCACUGGAGCUGCCAAGGCUGUUGGAAAGGUUCUGCCAGCACUUGAUGGGAAAUUGACUGGAAUGUCCUUCCGCGUUCCCACUGCUGAUGUCUCUGUUGUUGACCUCACUGUCAGGCUUGAGAAGAAGGCAACAUAUGAGGAUAUCAAAUCUGCUAUCAAGGAGGAGUCUGAGACUAACCUUAAGGGUAUCUUGGGUUACAUUGAAGAUGAUGUGGUGUCUACAGACUUCAUUGGUGAUAGCAGGUCAAGCAUAUUUGAUGCCAAGGCCGGAAUUGCUCUGAACGAUAACUUCGUCAAAAUUGUGUCUUGGUAUGACAACGAAUGGGGCUACAGUUCACGUGUGAUUGACUUGAUCGCUCACAUGGCCAAGACUCAAGCUUAAAGCUGAAGCAAGAAUGAAGAUUUGAGGCUCUUUUUUCUGUAAUGUGGUUCAUGAGUACAAGGUUAUAGAUUAUGUCUCGAAUGUUUGGAAAAUAAAAUAAGAAUUGAGUCUGUGUCUGCGUCUUCUGAUAUUGGUUCUGGAUAUUAAGCAAGGGCUUUCAAAGCCAUACCAAAGCUGUUAAAAUACAAGCAUCAGAUGGUUUGUUUUCU